GACGCUGGAAGCUGUUGCUGUGGUAACGUAAAAUGGCGAGAGGUGGGUGAGCAGAUUGAUGGCGGCGGCGGAGAAGGAGGAGAAGAAGAAGGAGAAAAGAGAUUCGGGGGUUUCAGGGAGAGGUCCAGGCAGCUUUGAGGAAAGGGAGAAGAAUGAGUAAUUAACAAACCCAAUCUAACAGUAUCGGCGACACGUACUUAUACCAUGAGCAGAGUACCACUGCCUGCAUUUUGUUCACGUGGCACUUUUAAAAGUGGUGAUUGUUCAGAAGAAUUGAAAAAUACUUUUCCUAAUUACUUACUCCACCUGCGUACUAAACUUUUGCGAUUCAUAUGGAAGGACAACCAGAUUCCUCUGCAUCUUCCAGACCCCGAAUUUCUUAUUCUUUAGAUAACUAGCCUGUUUAUUUUACAAACAAAAACAGAAAUGUUUUAAAACUCAGCAGGUCUGGCAGCAUCUGUGGAGAGAAAUCAGAUUUGAUGUCUUGGGUCGAGUGACCCUUGAUCAUUUCAUAUUUUCCCACUAUAUAUUCCAUUGCCAUAUUUUUCCUCCACAUACUUAAUCUCACUAUGCAAUAGGAAAUUAGUUAGUUCAUUUAGCUGGACAGCGUGCUUGUGAAAAACUAGGUAAAAACAAUGACUGCAGAUGCUGGAAACCAGAUUCUGGAUUAGUGGUGCUGGAAGAGCACAGCAGUUCAGGCAGCAUCCGAGGAGCAGUAAAUGCAGUUUGGGUUUAGUUUCUGCACUAGCUGAAAUUUCUAUGAAGGUCUCUCCUUCUCAAUCUCUCCCCAUGCCUGAGGUGUGGUGGCCUUCAGUUUAUACCACUACUAUGUCUGGUAACACUAUGGUGACUUUACUUUUAGUGCAAUAACAUGCUUUGUUUUAAUGAGAUAACCAGAACCGAACAGUGUGCUCAUGUUGGCUUAACCAAUCAGUUCUCGCAUAAAUUCCCUACUCAUGUAUAAUCUAUUUCGACUAAUAAAACUAUGCUGCCUUAACCACCUUACCGACCUAGCCUGCUACCAUCAAGGAAUUGUCAACUUUCACUUCCAAGAUCACUCAUUUCCUUUACACCUCUGUAUUCUCUCAUCAAUUGUCUAUUCCUUUGUGUUGUUACCUCCCCAGAUGUAUCACCUCAUAUUUCUGCCUACCUAACCAUUCUAUUGAUAUCUUCCUGUAGUUUAUAGCUAUUCUCCUUACUAUCCGGUGCAGUCAAUUUUUGUGAUGUCUGUGCAUUUCUUAAUGACACUCCCAAUGUUUACAUCCAAAUAAUUAAUAAAUAUUACACAAGUACAGAGCUCUACAAAGUCCCACUUGAGACAUCCAGUCUCAAAAACUCCCAUCAACACUUACCCUUUGCUACCUGCUACUGUGCCAAUCUUGUAUCUGGGUUUCUACAUUCUCUUUGAUUCCAUGGACUUUAAAUAUCUUAACCAAUCUACCUUUUUAAACAAAGUUUUUAGUAGUCUUUCAAUCCUCUGGCACCACACCUGUAUCCAGAGAGGACUGGAAAAUUAUGGUCACAUCUUUUGUCACAUUUAACAGUCUGGGAUAUGUUUGAAAUGGCCCUGGUCAUAUUCAGUUUCAUUAAUUUUAUUAACACGUCCUUUUCAAGAUUUCUGUCAUAUUCAAAACUACAAUAUCAGCCUUAUCACCCUUAUCACCCUCUUUUGUGAAGGUGGAUGCAAAGCAUUUAUUAAGAACCAUACCAACAUCUUUUAUCUCUAUACCUAAGUUUUCUUUUUGAUCUUUUAUGGUCUUUCGUCCUUUAUUAGUUAUCCUUUUACUCUUAAUAUGUUGAUAAGAAUUCUUCAUUAGGAACAGCUGCUUUCUUCCACUGCAUAUAUUGAUUGGAGCAUCCUUAGAGCUGCUUGGCUUGAUCAGCUCUGGACCUUUGUGGUCUGUCUGACUCAGAGCUAGGUCAAAAGGUGUAUUUUCAAAUUAAAUGGUUCCAGGAACAUAUUUGCAACAGUUCCUUUUUAAUGAUUUGUGUCUUUUAUUGCAGGAAAGCCUCCUCCAGUUUUCUGCUAUUCCUGAACACCUGGUACUAUGCAGCAUACUUUGUGGCAGAGAUCCUUCUUUUCAUAUACAAAAGUCAGCUCUUACCAUAUACUUCUGCAAAUCUGACUUUGGACCUAGUGAUGCUAUUUCUCUACCUUGGAGUUGAAAUAAUGAGAAUAUUUUUUGGUUCCAAGGGGAAUCUGUGCCAGCGUAAGGUACCUCUCACCAUUAGCCUGGUGCUUCUUGGACCAUCUACAAUAAUGGCUGUUUAUUAUAUGCUGCUCCAGACCUAUGUUCUGAGAUUGGAAGUGACCAUCAAUGCAAUAUUAUUGGUGUUUUACGUUUUUGAGUUGGUUCUGUACACAGUGGGUUUGAUAAGUUUCUCAAGCGUAAUCAUCAGCGACUGAGAAUCUAAAGAGGUGGAAUGUAUCCAAAACAGAUGAGAUAUUUCUCUACUCUGGCUGCAAAACAAUUAUAACAGUUCUAACACUGUUUUUGUAAGUGGUUGUAAGUGUUAAGGAUAAUUUUCCAAUAUUUUGUACAGCUAUAUAGUCAGAGUUUUCCAUUUUGCUCAAUUUAUUUUGUAUGCUUUUUUUUCCUCACUUGUCAGUGAAAUAAUGGUAUAGAUGUCAAAUAUACUGUUGAACCAUCCGUUUUUAGGCAUAUAAGAGCACCAUAUAGAUGACCUCUCUUGUUCCUUCUUGUACAACAAUAUAAUAUUUACUGAAGUUGUGUCAACUUCAACCCAAUUGUGCUUUCAUCCUUAUUUACUUCCUUUUCUAUCAUUUCUUAUGACAACAUUGAAUUGUUUGACUCACUUGAGAGAAUAUAAGCAGUGUCCACAUUCUCAUCUCAUAGAUUCAAGUCAAUUGACAUCAUUCAUGACAAAGCAGCUUUCAUAAUUGACACUGCCUUCAGCAUUGACACACUGUGACAGAUGUGUGUACCAUCUAUAAGAUUCAAUGACAACACCUCCCAAACUUGCAAUCUGUACCAGCACAGCAUAUGUAUCAGAAUGAAUCUCUAAAUUCCCCUCCAACCCACACACCAUCUUGACUUGUAACAGUAUCAUUAUUAAUUCAAAAUCCUGGAACUCCCUUCCUAAUACCUUUGUGGUGCUCUACAUACACUGUGGACUGCAGUGGUUCAAGAAAGUGGCUUACUGCCAAUUUCUGAAGUGCAGUUAGAGAUGGGCAGUAAUUGAUUGGUGUAUUUAGUGAUACUCACUUCCCCCGAAUGAGUUUAAUUUAAAAAAAAAAUUAGUUAAUAUAGUAGUGGAUAUUUCUCACCAUUGCUCAGAGUAAUUUAAAGGUUACAAAUGUUUGACGAAGAGUAUUAGCUGAUAUACAACGUAAUAUCCAACACCUGGGAAAUGUGUAAUUUGAUUUUUCCCUUGAAAAUACCAAGUGACUUUAUUCUGUUCGUUAUGUCUCAGUUGCUUCAUUAAUUCAUUCAAUGGCAUGUUUUGUCUCUUUAACGAAGAAAGGAUAUACUUGCCAAAGAUGUAAUGUGCUAGGAAAAGUGAGGACUGCAGAUGCUGGAGACCAG